UUUCGUAACAAUGGUAACAGGGUGUUCUAUUCUAAUCGACUUCCAAGGUUCGAACCGCGGGUUUCUCUUUUCCAUCUCUGAUUUUUCUCUUUUUAUUCUCUUCGUCUUCUUCAACUAGAAAAUCAUGAAGCAAGAUAGCUCCGAUUCUUCUCCCAGAAAGCUUAGGUUUGCUCCCAAAGCCCGAGCUGGCAGGAAGCCCAAAUCCAUACCUCAAAAAACUAAACUGAACAUUGAAAAAGAUGACGAUGGUGAUGAUAAUGAUGAAGCUGCCCAGGCCCAGACCCUGCUGCGUCAAUUCAACGAAAAUCUCAAAAGGCGAGGGCCUAAGGCUGAAAAGAAGUCCCAAGUUGUAUUUGGUCCUGGCGCCACAUCAACUCCCAUAAGGUCAUUUGUGGUACCUAAAGAUGGAAGCAGUAGUAGUAAAAACAGCGACUUAGAUCUCAAAGGGUCUGAUGGUGAUGCACAAAUUUCCUUCUACUUGCCCUCAAAAAGUUCUGAAUCUGUUGUAACAUUUCAUGAUUCCACAGAUGAAUCAACUCAGAUUAGCAAGAAAGAAUAUAUAGAACCCUGGGAAUACGACAACAGUUACUAUCCUACUGUCCUUCCUCUGAGGAGGCCUUACUCUGGAAACCCAGAACAUCUUAACAAAAUCGAAUUUGGGGAAGCUGCUACAAACGCUGAGUAUGAUGAGGAUGCUACCAAUGCUGCUUCAGAACUUGGAUUGAUGGAGGAAAGUACAGAAGGAAAUAUGUUUUGCUUCCAGUUUCCCCAUUUUCUGCCAACAGUUAAGCAAUCAUCUAGUAUUAAGGGAAAAGAGGGAAUUGGAUCAUCAACGUCAUCACUGGGUCCAAAAGCUUGCAAAGGCAAUAAAAUGGAAGAGUUACCAGAGGGACAAGUGGGGAAAAUGCUGGUUUACAAGAGUGGAGCAGUCAAGUUGAAGCUGGGGGAUGUCCUUUAUGAUGUCUCACCUGGUACUGAUGUGAUAUCUGCUCAAGAUGUUGUGGCAAUCAACCCUGCAGAGAAGCAAUGUUGUCUUCUUGGAGAGCUCUCCAAACGAGUUGUCGUAUCUCCUGAUAUUAAUUCCCUUUUGAAUUCAGUAAUUGACUUGAACUAAAUGAGUUGUAUAUUCUGAAAAGCUAGUAAAUGCAUGUAUAGGUACCUGGGAUAUGAUGUUCGAGUACCUUUGUAACUAGAACUGCUGACAUUAUUGCUUAACAUGGUGACGACAGCAUAUAUAUAGGGACUAACAGAUUAUGGCGUAGAUUAUUAGGGCCCUUCCACCUAAUUUUUCUGUUAAAAUAAAAAGCUAAACUCAGAAUGCCAAGAACACA